GAAAGAUAUUCGACGCAGCUUCGAUUGCCUAGAGAUGAAGUUAUCUGCCUACGCGAGGUGAAAAUUCGACGUCCGUCGAAAGGCAGUAAAAUUGUGUCGAUAAAGAACUUACAUAGGGAGGCUGGGUUAACGUUGGAAGUCUUGGAAAUACUCUCUCUAGUGACACCGGAAGGUAAAGAGAGAGAAAACAGCUCUAGCAGCUGCGUAACUUUCGACAACAAGAACUUCGAAAGUGGGAGGGCGGGAGGAUCGAAAAAACUAAAGGAAAACGGAACGGUGGUAAAUGCAGUGGAUGAAAGAGAGAUGGAUCCGUCAAUGUUUGUCACUUACACCCCUCAAACAAAUGGAGUCCCACAGGAAUCCAAACUUGCAACCUACAUGAACUGCCAAAGCUCUGGAGUCGCCUUAAACACAGCUGUAGUAACAAAACAUCUUUCUGGCCUCUCGUUGGAUGCACAAAAAAAAACAACAACCAGUCCGGAAUUUGUUCCGGGCCGAGGGCUUACGGGUAGCAACAGCAGCUCGCCGAAUAUAUUCAACAACUCCUAUCAUUCCCAGGAGAAUGUCGGAGGAACAACUUAUUUCUACCUCGGGACGUCAGCGACGGAAAACGUAGCAAGCGAAGAAGGAGCCGAAGCUAUAGGAACCGCUGGCGCGAGUCAGAUAGGAUACGUUUAUCCAGGGACCCCCUCUCACCUGCAGACUGUCAAAGCAACAAAAUCUCCCGCAUCAAAUAGCCCCUCGGCUCCCUCGACGCCCCCUCCACAGACCGUUCCGAGUUUUUUUGUCAGCGAAGGCUUGCGACUGGACAUUCUCCAAAAAAAUGCACUAACGUUAGCUCAGCCAGACCCGGUACAGUUUCCAGAUUUGCCAAACGAAGUAGAUAACUACCACGAAUUAUGCCCUCUCGAACCCAUCCAUAAAUCUACAACUACUGUCCUCGGCUAUCAAACCUCCACGUAUAAAGCGACUAGUUUAAAAACCGGGACUCGCUAUUGCCUGCGCCGAGUUCACGAUUUUAGACUUGCCAACACAAAAUGUAUGGUCUUGGUCGACAUGUGGAAGCGGUUGACGCACACUAAUUUGGUCCAACUGCGAGAGGUCUUCACAACCAAGACCUUUGGUGAUCAUUCCAUGGUAUUCGUCUAUGACUACCACCCUGGGUCCGAGACGCUCUUGAACAAACACUUCUCUGCUACCGAGCUCAACGGCUACUCAGAUCCGUUUUCGUCCGACCCUAACGCUCCCCGUCCUUAUAGUCACACAAAGAACACCAUAUUGAGACAACAGCACAGCAGUAUGCUGCCAGAAAGCGUUAUAUGGAGCUACAUUAUACAGCUGACAGCUGCUCUCCGGGUUAUUCAUGCAGCCGGUAUCGCAUGUAGAUCUCUGGACCCGACAAAGAUAAUUCUCUCAUCACGAAGUCGGCUGCGUCUCAGCUGCGUCGCGAUUCCCGACGUCGUGACGUUCGACGGUACAGCGGCAAAUCCAUUGGCACUAAUGCCGCAUUAUCAACAAGAAGACUUACUCGCAUUAGGAAAACUUGUGCUAGCUUUGGCUUGCCGUAGUCUCCUAGCGGUGCAUCGUGACAACAUGCAGGCCUCCCUGGAACUGGUCGCUCGCACCUACUCAUCUGAUCUCAGAAACCUUAUAUUGUACCUGCUAUCUUCUCAGCAGCGGAGAAGCGUCACUGACUUAAUGCCGAUGAUUGGAGCUCGGUUCUAUACUCAACUCGACGCCGUCCAUCUCCGCUCAGAUGUUCUGGAAGAUGAACUUGCCAAAGAGCUAGAAAACGGCAGACUGUUCAGACUACUCGCAAAACUGGCGACUAUCAACGAACGGCCAGAGCUCAACAUGGAGCCAACGUGGGCAGAAACAGGCGACCGUUACAUGCUGAAACUGUUCAGAGACUACGUGUUCCACCAAGUAGCGGCGGAUGGAAGACCGUGGUUGGACAUGGCCCACGUUGUAUCUUGUCUGAACAAACUCGACUCUGGAUCUCAAGACAAGAUUUGCCUCAUGUCGAGGGAUGAGCAGAGCGUGUUGGUCGUUAGUUACGCCGAGUUGCGACAGUGUUUGGAAAUGUCAUACGCCGAGGUUGUGCAUUCUGCAAAGCUGGACGCCGCUUAGGCAA